AUGGCUCCGAGUGGGUAUUUCUUAGAUCCACCGAGUCCUCAGCCUCCGUCCCCACCACCCCCACCACCAUCACCCUGGACCGCCCCCAUGCAAUGGGUGGUGGUCACGGGUGUGAUAUCCCUGGUGAAGGUCAGGCGGCUUCGGGGCCGUCAAAAACCCCCUGGGGAGGGACCUCCUCCACCGGUGCCGAUGGAUCCGGUGGGUGCCCGAGGAGAACUCGGGGAGGUGGCGGCGGCCUCUGAAGAGGCGGAGGCUGGGGAGGAGGUGGAUGGGAGGAACGAGGAUCCCCCUCGUUAG